CUUCCGGUUGACCCCGGGUCACUUCGGAGCACAUGGUUGAUCAAAAUAACGAAAGAGCAGAACCAGAGAAGAACCAGAAAAGAAACCCAUACGAUCUAAUAAUCUAAUCCCUGGUUGUUAACAUACAAAGUUUCAGAUAGAAGAGGGUUAAUGAAUAUUCACUUCAGAAAUGUCUGAGGAAAAGGAAAGUCCAGUUGCCAUGGAGGUUGCUUCAGCUGAUCCUGUAGUGAAGACCGAGAUGACAGUGUCUGCUGGUGAGAACACAGAACAGGAAGCCACCCAUAACAAGAUUGAAGAUGACACUCCAGCAGAGGACAUGACAGUUUCUGAAUCAACAGAUAGUAUUGAAAAGAACGUACUGAUAAAAAACAGUUAUAAUGGUGUUGAUGGGAAUGGCGAGAGUAGAGAUAUUCCUAAGGAUGAUAAGAUCAGCGCAGUUUCAGAAAAUGAUAAGGCAGAUGAUACACAUCCUACUGAUGUCAAUCUGGAUAAAGUAGUUACACAGCAGAAUGACUUCAGCUUAGAUAGUAAACCUGAUGUGAUAUGUGACACUGGGAAAACCAGCCUGAAAGACGAAGAAGAGACAAAUAAAGAGGAAAAGAAAGAAAAUGGGAAAAUGGAGAUAGAAGCAAUAACACAAACAGAGAUAAUCAUAAGAGAGGACAGGUCACGUAAGACAAAGCAGGUAAAGGUGCCCAUGGCCUACCGUGUUGACGAGGACUCCAGUGGAGAUGAGGCGGACUCCAGCAACGACAGCGACAGCAGCACUUCCACAACGUCAGGCUCAGAUCUGGAGGAGCCAAAACAUGAAUCUGUGUCCGACAGGGAAGAAGAAGAAGAAAAACCAGGAAAGAAGAAGAAAGCUUUUGAUGGCAUCCGAACACGAGGGGAACUCUACCCAGAGGAGUUACCCCCCUUGGAGGAACUGAAGAUUUCUGUGGAUGAGACUGUGGAGAUGCAGGAAAUUGGAAAGGUCUCUGGAAUAGUUGGCGUUCUAGCCAUCAUUCAAGCCAGCAAGGACGUCCCUGCUCUGAAUGAGGAAACAGUGCUGUUCAAUGAAAAGAGGGAGGCAUUUGGGAAGAUAUUUGAAGUAUUUGGUGCAGUGGCCUCUCCAUUUUACUCAGUAAGAUUCAACACCACAGAGGACAUCACCGACAGGAACAUUGUCGCAGGGAUGGGCAUCUACUGCGCCCCCAAAGAACAGGAGUACACCCAGUUUGUGUUUGUGGAGCAGCUGAAGAAAAUCAAAGGAUCUGAUGCAUCAUGGGAAAACAACAAUGAGCCACCAUCUUGGUGUAUGGAAUUCUCCGAUGAUGAAGAUGAGAAGAGGGUGAAGUCCAAGAAUCGCAACAAAACGGUUCCUGAAGAGAGCAAUGCUGAUGACCAGUCUGCCAAUAAGAAGCCUCGCAACAACAGGAAGAAGAAGAUGAGGGGUGAAGGUGGAAAUGGAAUCAAUCAAGAUUCAACUCGAGGACAUUCGAAGACGACUAAUCAGAGAGGAGGGCGAGGGGGACAUAGCUGGCCUCCGAAGCAGAUGGACAGCUGGCCUCCCAGUGACGGCAGUAACUGGCCUCAAAAGCCCCAGGAAACAUGGAUGUCUUCUCAAAAUGAUGAAUGGCAACCUCAGAUGAGACCGUUUGGGCCAAGGGGUCAUUCUUCCCGACCUUUCAUCUCGCCACCCAAUUUCCGGGGAGGCAGGGGAGGUAACAGACAGUCUGGUGGACCUCACUUCCCGCCUCAGUUCCAGAGUCAGCCGCGGGGACCUCAUUUUGGGGGUCUUCAAGGUCAAAAUCAACACAUGGACCACCAAGGUCAUCUGUCAAAUCGUGGCUUCCAAAGCCACAACUUUAGAGGUGGUCCAUUUCAAGGUCAUUCAGAUGGUUUUUCACAAGGACAUACUGGAUUUAAUAGUCCUAUUGUUGAUACAAGACUCAUGCAGAACUCAGAUCACAAUGGUGGUCCAUACACAAUGAUCAGACCACCAAACUCAAGGUCAACAUUUGGAGGACAGCCACAGUUUUCUGCUGGUCCAAUGGGUGGUGGGUACCCCCAGAGGCCAUCAGGGCCUGGGGCCGCAAGGUUCAGCGGGGGGCCCCCCGGGAGGUGGUAGUGCUGAUCCGAUGAGCUGCAGCAGGUGACUGCAGAGGCCACCAGGGUCGGAGACAGCAAGGUUCAGCAGGUAGCCCAGGGGGGUGGUAGUGCUGGUCCAAUAAGGCAGCACUCUCAGGGGCCAUUGUGUUCAGCAGGGUGUAUUGCUGGAUUUUCAACCCUGAAACAAUCGUGGCCAGCAUUGGUGGCCCAUCAGGACACAGGACAUUGUUUCAGUGUUAGGUGUCAUUGGACACAGGUGUCUUGUAUAUUAGUGUAUAUCACAGUUAUCACAUAUGACUUUUGAAUAUUGAAAAUGUGUUUUUUGUAUCCUUUGGGUCAAUUCACAAAUAUCUCAGAAAAGAGACCAAUUUAAUAGUGUAGUUUGUUUAGUUUUAGUUACCUGCUCUUGUGAUUUGUCUAAGUUUGGUUAUUAUUGGACUUACAGGCAUUGAAAAGUUAAGCAUUUCUUGAUUCCAACAAGAUAUUAAUGGCAUUGUUGACUGAUGAUAUUGUAUUAUUUAGGACUGUCAUGGUUCACUGAAAACGUUGUGGAUCAUAUUUUGGUAGGGUGGUUUAAGGCACCACUUCUUUCUUCCUUUGUUGCAAUGAUGUCGUCCUAGGUGCGGGAAGAUCUCUAUGCAGAGUGCCCUUGGGCAAGCCAGAAACCUAUGAUAAUAGGUUCAAAUCCCAAAUCGCCCUAUUUAUGUUUUGGGAUUGUCUGCAACAUUCCAUUGCCAGUGGGUUUCACCAAAGUGGUAAAGGUCCAACAUCUCCAUCACCAGGCCAUCAAGCAAAGAUGUAACUGAAAUAUGUGUUCAAACCAAACUCGCUUACUCAGUACUGUGUGCCGACAAAACCUAAGAUAAAGAUAACUUUAUUAUCCCGAAGUAAAUUUUUGUUACAUCAGCACAUGGUCUCAGUUUGAUAAACACACAUACAAAUAAACAGGAGCCAGAUAACUCGUCGUUGAAUGAAACACUAUAUAAAUACCACGAAAAAAUCUCUGUGCAAAGUAACACACUGUAUCUGUACCAAGCUGGUAAUGGAGAAUGGUGAGAUUUCGUUGAGUCUCACGAGACUUUGACUUCAGCUGGUUGCGCUGCCUAGCGACCGGAGAUAACACUUUAAUAUCUUGAUUAAGAUAUGAAAUAAACAUAAAAUGUGGCACUAGUGAAUAAACGCUUAACACGAAACUUAUUAUAAAGCUUCUUCUAGCUGGUGUGACUGACUUCCGGGCCCUGUUUGUUCUCCACAUCAGGGGGUGCGGUCAGGUAGCCUAGUGGUUAAAGCGUUCGCUCGUCACGCAGAAGACCCGGGUUCGAUUCCCGACAUGGGUACAAUGUGUGAAGCCCAUUUCUGGUGUCCCCCGCCGUGAUAUUGCU